CUAUGAAUGAACUGUUCCUUGCUAUCUGAUGGUACAUAAAGCACCACUGGAGUGGUCCUGUUAUGUGAGAGUUGUGAGUGACUGCAAGCAUGCUGAGAUUCCUCUUGCUGAGUGUCCUCGCCACCCUGGUGCUGGCAGAGGAGAAGCCUGAGCUCAGGUUUCUGGAGAAUGUGGUGGAGAGAGUUGUGGGUGGAGAGAUUGCCAAAGCCCACUCCUGGCCCUGGCAGAUCUCUCUGCAGUACUUGUCAGGUGGCACCUACUACCACACCUGUGGAGGAACUCUGAUCAAGAGGCAAUGGGUGUUGACAGCUGCUCACUGUGUUGACAAGCAGAGAACGUGGCGUGUUGUUCUGGGAGAUCAUGACAUCUACACUCAAGAGGGCACAGAGCAAUACCUGAGCGUUAGCAACGUGUACAUUCACAGCAACUGGAACCCCAACAGCGUUGCUGGAGGGUAUGACAUUGCUCUGCUCCGUCUGUCCACCGUUGCUACCCUGAACACCUAUGUACAGCUGGCUUCUCUGCCUCCCUCUGGUCAGAUCCUGCCCAACAAUAACCCCUGCUACAUCACCGGCUGGGGCCGCACUCAGACUGGUGGUCAACUGUCCGCCAAGCUGAAGCAGGCCUCUCUGCCCGUGGUGGACUACAGCACCUGCUCCAGCAGUAGUUGGUGGGGCAGCACCGUUAAGAACACCAUGGUGUGCGCUGGUGGAGGCAGUUUGUCUGGUUGCAAUGGUGACUCUGGUGGCCCCCUGAACUGCCAGGUGAGCGGUCGAUAUGUUGUCCACGGGGUGACCAGCUUUGUGUCCUCUCUGGGCUGCAACACCCCGAAGAAGCCCACUGUCUUCACCCGUGUGUCUGCCUACACCGCCUGGAUCAAUGGUAUCAUCGGAUAAAUUGGAUGUGAGAGUGACAUCUGAGCUGAGAAGAAAUGAGACAUGACCUGUUGUGUUAAUCUAUAGCAAUGGAAACAUGAACCUGCAAUAAACACACUUUAUCUGUUAAAGUUAA